CCCGCGGCUACGGGGCAGCAGUAAGGACAGAAAAGCGUUGUUCUCUGCCGGGCUGGGCAAAGGCAGGAGGGUCCCGCGGAGGAUGGAGGACAGACCCCCCACCGGCAUCAAGCCCUACCUGGACAAGCUCACCCUGGGUGUCACAAGGAUAUUGGAGACUUCUCCAGGAGUUGCUGAAGUGACGUUCAUGGAAAAAGAGCCAGCUGAACGCCACACAAUCGUUUCUUGGGAGCAAGUGAAGUGGUGCAGCCCUCGGAUAAGUCAACAUGCACAGAUUGUGGAACCUUCAUCCUCAGACCCUCUCCUGAGUUUUGAGAAAAACUCCUGUGUAUUACCAGAGGAUUUAAAGAACUUCUAUCUGAUGACUGAUGGCUUCCAGAUGACCUGGAGUGUGAAGACCGAUGAUACCCCAAUGCCCCUGGGCUCCAUGGUGAUUAACAGUGUCUCGAAGCUGUGCCGGCUUGGGGGUUCCUCUAUGUACACUCUGCCUAAUGCUCCAACUCUCGCUGACCUUGAAGAUGACACAGAUGAUGAAGGUAAUGGAGACAAACCAGAGAAGCCGCACUUUGAUUCUCGUAGUCUUAUCUUUGAAUUAGACCCAUGCAAUGGGAAUGGGAAAGUCUGUCUUGUUUAUAAGCAUGCUGAACCAGUGGUCUCCCCAGACACAGAGAUCUGGUUCCUGGACAGGGCUCUGUAUUGGCAUUUCCUCACCAAAACCUUCACAGCUUACUACCGCCUGCUCAUCACCCACCUGGGUCUCCCACAGUGGCAGUACGCCUUCACCAGCUAUGGAGUCAGCCCCCAGGCCAAGCAAUGGUUUAACAUGUAUAAACCCAUAACCAUCAACACAGCACUCCUGACUGAAGAAGCUGAUUCUUUUGUGAACAAGCUGGACCCCAAUAAAGUGUUUAAAAGCAAGAACAAAACUCCAGUGCUCAAGAAGAAACCACCUUCACAGCCACCAGGCUCCCAAAAGAGUCACACGAGCAUGACCUCUGCCAAGACAUCCUCACUAGCUGGGAAUUCUUCAAGGAAGUGAGCCCGCCAGAUCUGACCCUGGACAACAUUUGCAAUAAGCUUUGAUGUUUUCUGCUGCAGAGUCUCAGUGGUUCAGACCAAGUUCCUUGUGCAUGAAUAGAUGUGCCCAUGGAAAACACAUUGCAGCACUUGCAUGAAAUAUAGCAGCCAUGUGGAUGUAGUUCCUGGAGACUCUUAAAAAAAAACCCGAGACAUCGAUUUUAUUCCCUUCUGCUACUUGCAGCACAUACUUUUCCGAGGACAUGAAGAAACCUUUGAUGUCACUGCUCCAUAAGGAAGCUUCUGUUCCUGUACAACUGCAGCAGUGAAAUGAAAGCAAAUGUAAUUCACAGUAACUUUAACAGACCCAUGCUGAAGUAGAGGGUGUGAAGAUAUUUCUGCCAUGUCCUUUGAAAGAAAACUGUCCUGAUCUUGCAUGCUGUGGGAGCAGGCUGGAACCCACUGGACAGAGAAGUAGCUUUCACUCCAGAUAGAAUCAAACUGUGCACUUCCCUGUGCUCCUUCCAGCUUCUGCUCUGAGAUUCAUAGUAAAAUGGGACUUGGGACUUCUAUGUCUCUGCAUUUGCCUAGCCACUUGCUCUGCAGCCUAGACCACUUUUUGGCCUUUGUGCUGUAUCUUUUCAUAUGGUGACAUGAUUUGCAAUAAUCGUGAAGCCAGAAGCUGCAAGAUCCCUUGUUGCCUCCCUUUUGUGGGAACUGCUGAGCAGAGGGUCAGUAGUGUUGGGUCCCAUCAGCCAGGAGGACCCCUUGGUUUGUCACACAUUCAUUGCAAAGCUGGCCAUUGAAACAGCCUUUGACACUCUUCAGUUAGGCAGGAUCUCACCAGGGGCCACUGAGAUCCUACAGUCUUAGAAGCCCCUGAUGCUGUUUUCUAUACUGUACGUUUUCAGGUUAGAACUGCACUAUAUCCCGUUCACUGCUGGUUUUCAGUUACAGCUGAUUAUUUCCAUUACUUUUCUAUGCUAUUCUGUCUUCCAAAUAUGCUGGAAUCAUGGUAGCACCAACAUACUUUGUGCCUAAAUACAGAAAUCAAAAUCACUGUUUUCAAAUAAGCAUUGACUAUUUAAACAGCAUCAUCUUUAAUUUUUGAAAUGACCACAUAAUUACACAAGACAAGCCUACCUCACAGAGAUGUUGUGAGGCUUUCAUGAGUAUUUGUAUGGCCUUCAGAAAGAUGAAGCUAUGCUGUAAAUGCUUAAUAGUAUUUUAAUAAAUAUUUGAAUAUUUUCCUUCAGAGUGAUUGGGUAUUUGAAGAUGCUUUGGGAACUCGUGGGAUGCAAAGGAUGUGUGGCAAGAGCAGUGUGCCGGACAGAUUGUUCGGGGUGUUUCUUUAAUGCAGUGGAGAAUCUUUCACUGAGAAGGGAUGGGUUACAGUGCUUUUAGCUAAUCCCUCUUGAGCUACUCAGAAAUUCCCAGUUUAUUUCACACAGGCCAAAAGACUGACCUGUGUGACAGCUGUUCCACUUCUGUCCUGCAGUCACUGUACAAAAUCUCUGCAGCCAGCAGCCCCUGCUCAGGCGUAUUUUGCUGGCUUCCAGCACUGCCCAGGGCCUACAUUCAAAUGCAGUUGCUGCACUGCCUGGCAGCCACUCUCUGCCACCCUCAGAUGACAAGAAAUGCUCUAAUGCAGCCUCUCAAGCCCAUGUGCAUCUUGAGACAGGUGAAGGUCUGUUGUAGCUGCUCCACUGAUAUAGUCAGCUCUAAUGAGAAAGCACACAUGUCAGUACCUCCCACCCAACCCCACCCCAUACCAUAGCAACCCAUCAGUUACCCUUUUAAUAUUGGGAUGGGAAUGAUCAUUAAAGCCAGUAAAUGCCCUGGAAUUCUGUGCAGUAGAGAUGUUCUGUCACUUCCUGCUCUUGGAGAUCUCUGUGUUUAUUCAUGGCACCCAGCCCUGGAACUGCAGUUAUGUGCUUGACAUACAUACCAUACUUGCUUAAGCACUUUCUAGAAAAGUUGACUCUUGUCACCCUCCUGGGAACAGGCAGCUUCUGAUACUGUUCUGCUUUGAAUCCAGUGACACCUCAAACCUGUAAGGCUGUUGCAGGCCCACUUCCUCGUUCAGAUGGAGGUAGCAGAAUUCCUGCAGCAGCAGGGCAAUCUCUUACAUUUCUCAUGCAUUCAGAGUAGAAAAAAAAGUUUUUAAAAAGUGUGUUGGGGGGGUGGGAGUAUUCAGGUUUUUGGAGACGCUGUCACAGAAGUUGUCCGAAUUCUUUCCUGUGGUGGUAGUUGGUGUAGCUCAAGUCAAGAGUGUCAGUAACACACAUGGUUCUUUGAUGCCAGCAUGUUCCAGCAGAACUGUGGCAGGAUUCAGGAGACCCUGUAGUUUAGUUUACUAAUUUUUCAAAUGCUUCCUGAAUGUUCAGAUCAAAAAAAACAAAAGUAUGAGGAAAACCCAAACAACCCAACAGGUUCAUGUUUCUAUUUUAGACUGUCCUUGUUCUUCUCUCUUCUGUGCUCUGCCAAACUAGGUGUUUGUUAGGGUGACAGAUACACAAAUGAAAGCCUAGGCCCCUGGUCCAUCACUGUAGUAUCUACCUCUUACCAAAGUAUAUUUCAGAUGAAAAUUUCUGUGUUAAUUAAAUUAAUCAUGUUGGUCCUGCCACUGUUGAUGCAUGUAUUUUGAUUUAUAUGAAUAUAUAUGUAUCUGGAGAUUUGUAGCUCUGCUUUGCUUUUCUUCAGAAUACAAUGAUUGUUUGUGGAUUGA